AAAAGAAGCUUCAUUCACAUAAGCAGGAGAUCAGCCGAGCUCAGGUGUGCAGUAGGUAUUUCCCUGGCUCUCAUUGAUCGGCUAUCUUUCUGGUUCUCACUGAUCAACUAUUGAUUGCCAGAAUGAGGCGUCUGUCAUCUCUGGAGGCCAUUCUCUCCAUCAUUUCCUCUCUUCUGCUCAUCUGCUGCAUCGCUCUGAUUGCUGUUUCAUGGAUGAGUCUGAAGCCUGAAGCUGUAAGUGAGCCUUCACAGCUGUCAGGUGGAAUGACGAUCACUGCUGGAGCCGACUUCUCUGAGGAUCUGAGGAAUUCCAGCAGCCCGAGCUUCAAAUCUCUGGCCUUCGAUGUUCAGCAGACGGUAUCUGAAGCAUUUGGUCUGAGUGAGCUGUGGCAGCUCUACAGAUCCUGUCAGGUUCAAGAUUUCAGUCCUGGCAGUGUGGCGGUCACCUUUGAUCUAUGGUUCAAUCAGCCCAUUGGCUCAAAGGAUGCGGAGAAGCAGCUGGGGGAGGGGCUUAAGCAGGUGGACGGCAGGGGAUUGGUGAUCGACAUAAACAGCAUAAAAAUCACAGAGAAACCAGAGCUGACAACACCUUCAGCCACUGACAUCACAUCUGCGGCCACCGCUGUCACACCUACAGCAGGGAUUUGUCCUCCUGGCCAGACGUCCUGUGCUAAUGGAUUGAUGUGCGUUCAGAUCAGUCAUCUCUGUGAUGGGAUAAGUGACUGUCCUGAUGCAUCUGAUGAAGCUGCUGCUCACUGUGCAACUGCAUGUGACGGGCAGUUUGUGCUGAGAGGACCGAGUGGGUCAUUCAGUUCUUCACAGUCUGAUGUUUAUAACAGCAGCCUUUUCUGCCGUUGGAUCAUCAGUGUGGACAGGGGGCUUUCAGUUCAGAUCAGUUUCUACCACUUUGAGACGGAAGAAAACGUUGACCUUCUGAGACUAUAUGAAGGAGUUGGAUCAAGAAAACAGCUCAUAGCUGAGCUCUCAGGCUCCACUCCUCCUGGGACCGUGUGGCUGCUGACAGACCAAUCAACAGUGGAGUUUACUUCUGAUGAUGUCAACAGUCUGUCAGGGUUCAGUGCCACCUACAUCACCACCAACACCUCGUUGUUGUCCAACCAGGAGAAGCUGAACUGCAGCUUCGAACUUAGCUUCUGUUUCUGGAGGCAGGACCACGACCAUGAUGGUGACUGGGGUCGAGCCAGAGGCUCCACUUUCCCUCCAUCAACUGGGCCAAGCGUGGACCACACGCUGGGGAACAGCUCAGGCUUCUACAUCGUGACUCCUCUGAGUCCCGGCCAAUGGCUGAAGAGCUUCAGGAUCCACAGCCUUCAUCUAACUCCCUCCAUUCAGCCCAUGUGUCUGGGCUUCUGGUACCACAUGUUUGGAGAGGACGUCUACCGUCUCAGAGUCCUGCUGCGAUCAUUGCAAUCUGCCACCAUCGUGCUGUUCUGGAAGGACGGCAACUAUGGCGACAACUGGAACUAUGGCCAGGUGACCCUCAACCUGACCUCAGAGGCUACGGUAGUGUUUGAAGCUCAGAAAGAGGGGGGCAUGAGGAAUGACGUUGCUCUGGAUGACAUCACACUGACGGCUGGUUCGUGUGGCCCUGCCCCCCCAGAGCCAACCAAUGUACCGCCUCCAACAACCACACCCCCCAUACCAGCUGACUGCGGAGGACCUUUUGACUUGUGGGAGCCAAACUCCACAUUCAGCUCACCGAACUAUCCAGAGUCGUAUGGAAAUAAGGCCCAGUGUUUGUGGAUUCUGCAUGCGGUUGAAGGUCACAAUAUCCAGCUGCACUUCCUGGACUUUGAUGUGGAGGCCACAUACGAUGUGGUGGAGGUGCGGGAUGGGGCGGGGCCUAACUCUACCUUGCUGGGUGUGUUCACUGGGAGUGAUGGUCCCACCCAUGACCUGUUCUCAGCAGCCAAUCAGAUGACACUGUGGUUCUUCACAGACUCUUCAGGCCACGGUCGAGGAUUCAGAGCCAACUUCAGCUCAGGGGUGGAGCUGGGAUCUCCAGCUCCAUGUGCAGUUGACCAGUUUCAGUGUCAGACAGGAAGCUGUAUCCAUGGUAACGGUCAGUGUGACGGCGUGAUGGACUGUCCUGACGGCUCCGAUGAAGCAGAUUGUGUGCUGUUGCAGGUAAAUGGUUCCAGUCGCCUCCGGUUCCGGGUCGUGUCCUCUUGGUUCACUGUGUGUGCCGAUACCUGGAACUCCCACCUGUCCAACUUCACCUGUCAGUAUCUGGGGUACAGGUCUGGAGAGGCGUCUUUAUUGACGGCUCUGGGUCAGGACUCCCCCUUUGUGACUAUCAACGUCAACAGUAACGGAACGCUGGGAACCAGUGUCAGUGAAAUCUGCAAGAGUGAGAUGGUGAUUUCACUGACCUGUAGCAACCAACCGUGUGGGGGGCGUCUGGUCACUAACAUGACGGGUAGCUCUGACCAGUCAGCGGAAAGCAAACCUAGUGAUGGGGAUGGCAGGGUGGUGGGCGGUGUAAAUGCCAUGAAGGGCGCGUGGCCGUGGAUGGUGUCUCUGCACUGGAGGGGCCGUCACGCGUGUGGAGCCUCACUGAUUGACCGGGAUUGGCUGCUGACCGCUGCUCACUGCGUCUAUGGGAAGAACAUACAUCUACAGUGGUGGACAGCAGUCAGUGGGCUUUACGCUCAGAGCCAAUUAGACUCUGGGGACGUCCAGUCCCGACAAGUCGAUCACAUCGUCAUCCACAGACACUACAAUCGUCAAACCAAAGAGGCCGACAUUGCCAUGAUGCACCUGCAGCAGCCAAUCAACUUCACCAACUGGGUCCAGCCGGUGUGUUUUCCAUCUGAAGGUCAGAGUUUCCCAGCAGGCAUGGAAUGCUCAAUCGCAGGUUGGGGACGCCAAGUUGAAGGUGGUCCCAUCCCGGACAUUCUCCAGGAAGCCAAGGUUCCACUGGUGGCUCAGGAUGAGUGUCAGCGUCUCUUACCUGAGUACACCAUCACCUCUAGUAUGAUGUGUGCUGGUUACCCAGAGGGUGGAGUCGACACCUGUCAGGGCGACUCUGGGGGUCCGCUGAUGUAUCUAGAGGAUGGAUGCUGGACUGUGAUUGGUGUGGCCUCGUUUGGGGUCGGCUGUGGUCGUCCUGACAGACCUGGAGCCUAUGCCAGAGUCUCUGCUUUCACAUCCUGGAUCGCUGACACUCGACGCUUCUCCUCUUUCCCCCCCUCAUCAUCAGAGUUUACAGAGCUGCAGUAAAACUCUUCAUCUUCAAAGAACCAGUCAAACUGAUCAAAUUCUGUUAAAGCACUGAACAGCUGACAGUCGAAGUACCAAUAAAAGGCUUUCAACACUUAAACAUGUCUUCCUGGUGCUGUCAUAGUACUGCUGUUUUGAUUCUGUUGGAGUUAAAAAAAAAAAAACCUGACUGAAAGUCUAAAAUAAAAACUCAGAAAACAUAUUUGAAUGCAUAGCUACAAUGUCUUAUGUGUUCUUAUUGGAUAAUGCCUUAUUACAUGGAUUUGUGUCCAUUGAUUCCAUUGACUGUGAAGUUCUGGGGAGAGGGGCGACUAUGCCUACUUAGGAGACAAGAAGUGUAUACCAUUUCAUACCAUUGGCAGAAACGGUAAUGCGUUAUCUGCUGUAUAGAGUAUCUUUGUUCAUAGCGAAUGGGCGCCUGUAUGGAAAUGACGCACACGUCCGGCUUUUGUCAUGAAAAAAACGUAGCCAAAUGCAGCAAUCGACUGAUGACGGUGCCAUUGUAUAGCCAAUGAAAUGCUGAAAAGCAUCAUAUUAUGAUGCUUCAGGGGAUCGGGAUAAAUCCUACAGCGGGAAAUUCAAUCUGAAUGUGAGAUCAGACGC